AUGGGGGACAAGGUGAUAGUGAUGGCCAAGCUGGAAGAGGAGCAUACCGAAUGGGUAGAACAAGAACUGCCUGACUGGCAACGCGCAAUCUACAUUGUCAACCCCUCCCGAGAAACACGAUCCGACGCCAACGCCCUGAUGACACCAUUCAACAAAGGCCACGAAGCAAUGGCCUACCUAACCUACAUAAUCGACAACUACAACAACCUGCCCGCAACAAUCGCCUUCCUCCACGCACACCGCUCAGGCUUCCUAAUGGCCUGGCACGUGGAUGCGCCGCUCCACGACAACGUCAUCGCCAUGCGCAAUCUCCAACUCGACUUCGUCCAGCGAAACGGCUACGUCAACCUGCGCUGCAAUUGGAAUCCCGGCUGCAAGGGUUCCCACCGCUUCAACAAGCAUGUCACCGAUCAGAUCUGGUGGGAUGUUUUCGAGGGUACGAGCACCCCUCCGUUGAACAUGUCCUCGCCCUGGGAAAUGGAAUACGGUGGCCAUAAAUACAUCCGCAAGCCUGAUGAGAUUGGCGCCGCAUGUUGUGCGCAAUUUGCCGUUUCGCGCGAUCAGGUGCAGAAGCGACCGCUGAAUGACUAUGUCAAGAUCCGGCAAUGGAUUCUUGAUACGGAAUUGAACGACGCAUCUUCGGUUGCCCCGAUGAACAGCUAUGCCAAUGCCAGGUCUACGGGAGGUGUUGACCCCCUUCUUCAACCUGUGCAUUUAUCGCAGACCCAGCAUCAUGACUAG